UGCCAUUGCAGGCACUGUCCAGUCACAGUGUGUACCUGCUCUCCAGGUGCUUCCUUCUCCAAACUCCUCUCUCUGCUCAGACUGCCCUGUCCUCUUCUCACUUUUGAAAUAGAAAUUGUGCUGCUAGUUGAAAUUCAUUUCUCCUCCCCUGAAUCCAUCCCCAUGUUCUACAACAAGAGGGAUGCAUUCCUUCAUUGCCUUAGUCCCCCACAGAGUUUUCUAUGAUGAGUGUACCCUAAAAACUGGCACUUUCAACUUAACCUGUUGUGAACUGGCAUCAAACAGAAUUACAACAUCACACUAUGGUUGCAAAAUUUAUUUUGCUCCCCUUGAGAGUUUAUCAUAUUUAUCUCCACAGAUGAGUCCUUCAAUAUCGGGUUGAAGUUUGAAAUUGCAUUUGAAGUCCGUCCCAGGAGCAGUUCUGGAACCCUUGUCCAUGGCCACAGUGUCAAUGGGGAGUACCUAAACGUUCACAUGAAAAAUGGGCAGGUCACAGUGAAAAUCAACAAUGGCAUCAGAGACUUUUCUACCUCAGUAACACCCAAGCAGAGUCUCUGCGACAGCAGAUGGCACAGAAUCACAGUUAUCAGAGACUCAAAUGUGGUUCAGUUGGAUGUUGACUCUGAAGUGAAUCAUGUGGUUGGACCCCUGAAUCCAAAGCCAGUUGAUCUCAGGGAGCCUGUGUUUGUUGGAGGUGUUCCAGGUAAGUGCUCCCUAACAGGGACAAGUUUGCAAAUCUACAGUAAAUUCUCACAACUGUUAUUGUGUCAGAGCCAUGCGUUUUCAUAAUUCACCUAAUAACUC